AGUUGGCAACAGUGUUGCAGACUGCAGACCAUCGGUGACCUGAAGCUGAAGGACAUCUUUUACACCGAAAAAGUUGUCAGUUUUUAAAUUUUAGGUCACUUUACAUCAGCAAAAUGCUGCGAACGACGUGUGAGUUGCGGCACGAAUUGGCGAAAUUGUCCGCAAAGAGAUUCUUUCAAGGAAAUACUGUCCGGUGUUGUGUCACUCAAGUGGCCAAACAGCGCCUACAAAAUUGCCCACGCCAGUUUCAAAGACCCGUUUUGCAAUAUUUGGAGCAGGCUAGAUGUGUCAGGUUCUUCAGCUCAGGAAACCUGCCAAGCCACAAAAAGGUUUUGCUGCCGGCCCUUUCGCCAACCAUGGAAUCGGGUACCAUCAUUAGCUGGGAAAAGAAAGAAGGAGACCAGCUGAACGAGGGUGACCUGCUUGCCGAAAUUGAAACAGACAAGGCAACCAUGGGCUUCGAAACCCCUGAGGAGGGCUAUCUUGCCAAAAUUCUUAUUCCCGGCGGCACUAAAGACGUUCCCAUUGGCAAACUGGUUUGCAUCAUCGUUGAGUCGCAAGACGACGUGGCCGCCUUCAAAGACUUUGUUGACGACGGCUCUGCCGUUCGUGCCGCACCUCCUGCAGCCGCUGCGGCCCCUGUCGCUGCCGCUCCUCCACCACCACCGCCUCCAAGCGCAGCGCCUAUCUCUGCGGCUCCAGUUGCAGCCGCCGUUGCUGCCACAGGCAAAGUGUUCGCUAGCCCUCUGGCUCAACGACUCGCUCUUGAAAGGGGACUUGACAUCAACUCAAUAGGACAAGGUUCUGGAGUCUUUGGUUCAGUCACGGUUGCUGAUCUUGACCGGGCAUCAGCUGCAGCGCCAUCAUAUGCUGCUGCUCCAGUGUCUGCUGGCGCUCCGUUUGUCGAUAUUCCUGUGUCGAAUAUUCGAGGCGUUAUUGCGAAGCGAUUGCUGCAGUCAAAACAGACUAUUCCACAUUACUACCUGAGCGUAGACAUCAAUGUAGGCAAAAUAUUGUCUCUUCGGAAGCAGUUCAACGAUCAACUCAAGGGCGAAGGCGUGAAAUUAAGUGUUAACGACUUCAUCAUUAAAGCGACUGCCUUGGCGUGCAAAAAGGUUCCUGAGGCAAACUCUUCUUGGCUGGAUUCAGUGAUAAGACAGUACACGGCUUGUGAUGUCAGUGUUGCGGUCAGCACUGACAAGGGUCUGAUUACCCCGAUUGUUUUCGCUGCGGAAACAAAGGGCCUGGUCGAAAUUUCUAAGGAAGUGAAAGAAUUAGCCGGCAGAGCGAGAGAAGGAAAGUUGCAGCCCCAUGAGUUCCAGGGUGGCACUAUCUCCAUCUCAAAUUUGGGGAUGUUCGGAGUCAAAAAUUUCUGUGCAAUCAUCAAUCCUCCACAGUCUUGCAUUUUAGCUGUUGGCACAACAGAAGCAAGGCUUGUUCCUGACAGCAGCACGCAAUCUGGCUACUCUUCGGCAGACUAUAUGAGUGUUACUUUGAGCUGUGACCACAGGACUGUCGACGGUGCUGUCGGUGCACAGUGGUUAGCAGCAUUCAAGGGCUACCUUGAAAACCCCACCUCAAUGCUGCUCUAAGGUUUGACCUUAUUUGUUGUCCUUUCUAAGCCAUUGUUUAACUUAUCAUUACACUCAAAGACGCAUUUUUAGUGUCACUUAACGGCAACAUCAGUCAGACUGUGGGGUGGAAUUUCUGUCAUUGGGCCGAUUAUUUAUUUUCAAACAACCCCCAAUUGCAGUCAUGGGAACGAUUGGUUAAUCUUUAUACCAUUUGAAGUCCUGAAGGUCCUUUGUUAUUAUUCUUGUUGUGAUCGAACAAACAGUGAAAAAAUGAAAAGUCAACGCUAAUUUUUAGUAUAUUAGCAUCACUUGCCAUUGGAUAGCAUAAAAAUCCAGCCUUUGUUAGUCGAUUUUGAACUUAAUCCCAUUGAUCACUGCAAGUGUUUAUUAACCAGUUUUAGUUGGAAGCUGCAAAUGGUUCACGUGACAUGCAAGACUUGUCUUGUAGUGUCUUAAAAAUACAAGAUCCGUUGUAAAAUUGUUAGACCAUGUAAAUAGAUAUGG